CGCAACCGGGACGACCCGCUGAAGACACACACAAACACAAAACCACACACACAAACAAACAAACAAACAAACACGCAAACCGCGAGAAACAGAACCACCAUGGCGACAACCUUUGACCAAAGAACCCGAACCACCACCACCCACGGCGGCAUCCGCAUCCCCGUUCGCACCGCGCUGCGCUGGAUCCUCCCGGCGCUGGCGUGCGUGCUGUCCCGAGCCCCCGUGGAGGCCCUUGGCCUCGCGCCGCGUUCCUUCCGGGCCCGCAGGGGCUCCGGGCCCUCCCUCCCGGAGCUGCGGCGGGGGGAGGCCCACGUCCGGCUGCACGCACACGCGCACGCGAGCGGCAACGGGACGGCAGCGGUGGCGCCCGACACCCGCGACGGGGGCACCGGAGCCGGGCCGGUCGAAUCCAGAGCCAAACCCCGAGCCAAACCCCGAGCCGGAACCGGAGUCAAAGCCGCACCGGACCCUUCGGGGGAAUGGCUCGCCGACCGCGUCCGAUCCGUUAACUACUUCGUCUCGAGAAAGUGCAACUAUUCCUGCAAGUUUUGCUUCCACACGCAAAAGGUACGUAUCGUAUCGUAUCGUAUCGUGUCGAGUCGAGUCGUAUCGUGUCGUGUGGCAUGGCAUGGCAUGGCAUGGCAUGGUGUUUUGUGCGCAUUCGUGCAUGCAUCCAUGCAUCUCGGCCCACACCAACCAACACACCGUCUGCCUUUGUUCUCUGCAACGGAUCCGAUCCAAUCCAAUCCAAUCCAAUCCAACCCCGCCGCAUCGAUCGCGAUCCCGGGCAACGCGGCUUCCUCCCUUUCCACGCCAAACCACGCCAAACGACACCACAGACCACCCACACCCUCCCGGCGGAAGACGCCGUCCGCGGCCUCUGCCUCCUGAGGGCCGCGGGGACCGAGAAGAUCAACUUUGCGGGCGGCGAACCCUUUGUGCGGCCGCACCUGCUGGGCAGGCUGUGCAAGGCGGCCCACGAGAUGGGCAUGGCCGUCUCCAUCAUCUCCAACGGCUCCCUCGUCACGGAGGAAUGGAUGCGCCAGUACGGCUACUACGUCGACAUCCUGGGGGUUUCCGUCGAUUCCUUCGACCCGGAAACGAACGCCCUGAUCGGCCGGGGCGGGGACGCCCACAACCGGCACGUCGACCGGAUGCGGAGGGUCCGCCGGUGGUGCGAGGAACACAACAUCAAAUUCAAGAUCAACACGGUCGUGUGCAAGCACAACGUCCGAGAAGACAUGACGCAGCAGAUGCUCGAGCUCGACCCCGUCCGCUGGAAGGUCUUCCAGGUACUGGUCCUCGAGGGGGAAAACGCCGGGGCCGGAGACCUGAGGGACGCCAGGGAACUCAGGGUGACGGACGACGAGUACCAGGCCUUUGUCGACCGCCACCGCCCGAGUUUCUCCAGCGACGUCCUGAUCCCGGAAUCGAACGCCGUCAUGCAAAACUCCUACCUGCUCCUGGACGAGGACCUGCGCUUCCUGGACUGCUCGGCCGGGGGGAAGGUCCCGAGCGCGUCGAUCCUGGAGGUCGGGGUGGAAACCGCCCUCCGCCAGGCGGGAUUCGACGCCGACAUGUUCCGGCAGCGCGGGGGGGUCUUCGAGUGGACCCGGGACCGGUCCGGGGACGCACCGAGACCGGAGCUGCGCCCGUGAAGGGGCUUGUUGGCCCCGCCUCUGGCCGAGGCGAGGCGAGGCCGGGCAGCGUCCCGCGGCACGCAGUACCCGAACCGGUCUUCUGGGAUUUCAGGGAAGCAGGCACAAACAGUGGUGUUUGGAAAUCUUUGGUAGGUACGGUUCCUACCGGUAACGGGUACUGUGCUGCAGUAAGUACCAUGCGAUGCGGGAGUGCGAGUGUAGAGUGUACCGGUUUUGUCUUGACUACUAGAAACAAUUCGUACCAAACAUACAGAUACUGUAUACGUAAAAUGCAACUAAAAUUGCAUUAUCAUU